UUCUUGGAUCGUAUCUCUAACAAGUAACAGCUUCAUGUUGUCAGUCCAAAACAUCACAGAACAACACUCAGUUUUUAGCUCUAUAUAAGUAUAUAGAAGCUUAACUUGGCUAACUGCACAACUAAAACCGGACAAGAAAUCCAGAAAGGAUCAAAAAUUCUGAAUUUUCCUGGAAAAUUCAAGGAAGUUGCUCACUGAAUUCCUUCUUCUGAAAGCACUUUGGAAAUUGGGUUUAAAAGUAGGUGCUUUACUCCAACUGGUCCUUUAAUGGCCUCCAACGGUACAAAUCGGUCAUUGCUCUCAGGAUUAGUCGAUCCUACUCCUCCGAAAAGUAAUGAAAAUACUUCCAAGAUAAGACGAUAUCGACGUUGUAAAAGUGCUCCUACAGCUGAUUUUCUUCCUGCAGAAAUUGGCUUAAACAACCUUCAACGCUCUGCAUCCAUUUUUGGGAAACCCCAUCCACAUUAUUUGAGGAUGGCUGCAUACUUGGGCGCGUACCUUAGUGCAGGAACCAUAUGCUUCUACAGUGUGAAAAGCCAAAUCACCGGAAAGAAAACCAAUGGAAUCGUGGAUUCUAUUUACUUCUGUAUUGUGACAAUGACCACCGUGGGGUAUGGGGACCUUGUGCCUAAUAGUGUCCUUGCGAAACUACUCGCCUGUGCUUUUGUCUUUGCAGGGAUGGGUCUAGGUGGUAUAAUGCUCAGCAAAGCAGCCGACUAUUUGGUAGAGAAGCAGGAAAUCUUGCUGAUUAAGGCCCUACAUAGACGUCAAAAACUUGGUCCAAUGGAUAUGCAAAAAGAGGUUGAAACCAACGGACUGAGGUACAAAUGCAUCUUGUUUCUGAUCAUCAUAUCGGUGCUCAUCAUCGUUGGGACAGUCGUCCUCGCCUUAGUUGAAGGAAUGGACUUCGUCGAUGCAUUCUACUGUGUUUGUUCUACCAUCACAACUUUAGGUUAUGGUGACAAGAGCUUCUCAACUACAGGGGGUCGCUCUUUCGCAAUCAUUUGGAUCCUGACUAGUACCAUAUCAUUAGGUCGGUUUUUUCUCCACAUUGCUGAGCUAAACACUUUAAAGAGACAAAAGAAACUGGUCAAUUGGGUUCUUAAUCGGAGAAUGACAGCCAUAGAUUUGGAGGCAGCCGAUCUUGAUGAUGAUGGUGAUGUUAGUGCCGCGGAGUUCAUCAUAUAUAAGCUUAGGGAGAUGGGGAAGAUUUGCCAAGAAGAUAUUUCACCAAUACUGAAGGAGUUUGAGGAUCUUGAUGUUGAUCAAUCGGGAACAUUGUCGGCGUCAGACAUAACUCUUGCUCAAAAUCCUAAAACCAACAGCUGAAUUUGAUCUUCUUGUAACAUAAAACUAUUGUCAACAUCUUAUUGUCAAUGUAUCAUGUUUGUACUACUUGUUGCUUCUGAAUUCUCCUUGUAACUUUGUUU